AGCCGUCUGUCAACAAAAGGUCUGCCGGAUAACGAAGACAUUGACUCCUCGUAGAUAGCAUCGAAAGAGAGGUGCUUACGAUCGAUACGGAACUGAAAGAGAAGACCAUUGAUACAGUUCAGCAGCCAUAUCUAUUUUUCCAAAAAACAUGAAAAUGAUGUUCUCGUUAUCAUCAUCGUUACCGUCCACCAAGUCCCAUCUGUUGGUUUUUGGUUUGAUGCUAUGCGGAUUGAAAUCGAUCCAAACAUCAAGUGCAUCGAAGCUUGAAAUUGUUACAUCCAUCCAGGAUGACCUGGAAUUUGACGAGAACAACAAAUUGUCAAAGCAUUACGUUGUCUUUCCAGCCAACCGCCCAGAUUGCGCGACUAACUUGUGGGAAACCGGAGAAGAAGAAACCAGCUACGGUUUCGCAGCACACCCGAUUGAGGGCGAUGCUCUUGCAAAGGUCUUCCCGGAUGCAGAGGAAGAGAAGAACGAAUGCAUGGCUGCAUGCCUCGAAAGAGGUACAGAUGUUUCUCUUGCCGGUCACACUAUGCCUCAAUUCCAUUAUAGAUCAGGGGGGCUCACAAAAGGUGCCGUUCAAGCAAAGCAUUUUCGAAGCUGGUUUAAUCAACAUUGCCUCAAAGUCGAGAUUUGUUUCAUAAAUUACUACGUUGAGGAGCGACCCCUGAAAGUAUACUGGAUCCAUCCUACAACCGGCGAAAGGUUACAUCGGUUUGACUUGAAGUACUCGGAGAGGAACACGAAUUGUUUCAGUUCUUUUUUGGGACACAGGCUUGAGGCAAUCGACGAAGAAAGUGGGUUCCGCGAAGAGUACGUGGCUGAGUACACAGCGACAAAGGCAUUUGGGACCUCACCGCCGUCUUCUUCCCAGAAAUUCGACGGCAUCGAGGAGGUGGAGAAAACGGUAAAAAAUGCCCUGGACCAUGAAUGGUCGCGGCACAACAUGGUGGAGAGAACCUUCAGCUCAUUGGGAUUCGCAAAGGGAAGAUUGGACGACGAUAUCUUUGCCAACAUGGGUGCGUUUUACUACAACAACCGCAACAAUGCCGUCAACGAAGAAUGGACAGGAAAGGGCGUGUUCGUAAACUGGUGGGAAACCGACGUUAGAUUCGUGUCAAUCCCCUGGCACACAAAGCGGGUGUGGCAGGAUCGCCUGAACACAAUGGUGUCCAAGUGGGCCGGCGUCGAGAUCGAGGAAACGAGCAUGUACGGAUUGCGCCAAUACGAAGAGGGUGCCCGUCUUUUGAGCCACGUAGACCGGAUACCAACUCACGCUGUCAGCCUUAUCGUGAACAUUGCCCAGAACAACCUUGCGAGUCCCUGGCCCGUCGAGGUAUUCGACCACGGAGAUCGACUCCACGAGGUCACCAUGGAGCCCGGUGACAUUGUCUACUACGAGUCGGCGAAGAACCUCCACAGCCGCAACAGGCCGCUGACGUGCAAGCAGGGCGGCUGCCAGUACGUCAAUCUCUUCACGCACUACCGCCCGGUGGGGGACGGAGACCGGUGGCACAGGAACUUGUCGGACAUGCCGAACCGCCCGCCGCCCCUGUCGAACGGAGCCAGCGAGUACGACCACGGGAAGAGCUCCUGCAGGUUGCCCGAGGGACAGCAAGCGCAGCACGAGAACAACACUUUGGACAACCACCUGGGGGUCGGCACGGUCGAGUGCGAGGACCGCCGGCUCGGAUCCUACAUGUCGCCAACGCUGUACAGGCUGAAUUCCGGCAGAGACCUCUUCCGCUGGUGGAAGGCGACCGCGGAUCCGAAUUUCAGCGGAUUCGACGAUCCAGACGGCACGGACGACGCAUACGAUGCCUACGAAUUGCAAGGAGACGAAAAAGAGGAAUCAUUCAACGACGACGUACUUGACGACGACGGAGUGUACGACGAAGAAGAGGACGGGGAGUACGACGAAGAAUACGAGGAGGAUGAGGCCGAGGACGGCAACGACGAAUUGUAAUGGGUCAAAAGUGACGGAAAACAAAUACCAGCGGGGCCAAAUCGAACGAUUACUUAGAAAGAAGGGUCGUGCCUCUUUCGAAAGAUGCGAUAACCGAUACAAACGCUUUGCACUUGAAUUUUAGGCUCUUUGUUCACAAUGUUUUGUUCGGCUUCCGGAGUGAACCAUCGUUGAACGUACAGCCAAGUUUGGUGUUGUGCGCUAUGCACCCUACAGCUAAAAUAAGUAACACUUCCUGAAAACAAUCACUGUCAUAAUAAUGCUACUACUAGUAAGGUACGUGCCCUCGUCCCGCGCGGGGAUCCCAUCCCGUCCCGUUCCUUCGAUGGACGCCCCACCUUUCGUUGGAUUUGAUUUCGUUCUCUAGGCCCUUUGGCGUCGAAAGAUCAAGCUGUUGUUGUUCGAUGGCAUGUCGAUGCAUUCCACCAAUUCCAGUCCCUCCUUGCGGGCGGCGUCGAUCACGUCGUUCAGGUCGCGGACGCCCCAUUCCGGGUUUCGCGAUUUCAGGCUCCUGUCAAAGUUUCUGCGUCCCAAACGAACAAAGGAAGACGAGAGAG